CAUAUUAACCAUAUCUCUUUUAAUUGUGUAAAGACCAAUGGUUCGUCGAGUCUUGAGACAGUUGAUCUGGAGGAGCUGCCGCCACGGUGGCUGGGAUUCGUCCAGGUUCUAUCCUUGAAAGGCACGAGCCAUGUGCGCCGUUCCAGCAAGUAAAUGCUUCAUCAAGCAUCCGUCAGCACCUCGUUGAUCUUGUUUUUGAGUGAUGUGCUACAGAAAGCCACAAAAGUCCACUGGCGUAUCAAGGCUUGCGAUGUAAACUCGGCGUCAACGGCGGUGGCAGUGCAGCAGAGUCGUCGUCAUGUGUUUUGCCAUUCGUCUUGGCGCCAAUGCUACAAGUGGAAGAUAGGCCUAUGUAUUUAUGACACGUCAGUAUAACUGUGCUGUUUGUACUAUUUCAAGAAAUACUUCGUAGCAAAAUCUGUUCAGGUGAGGAUAUCCAGAGGUUUUUCC